GCUGUAGAGAAGAAGCGAUAAUGGGAGUAUCUGAGGUUUUCAGUGCACCCGGUUCCUCUGAAUCUCAGAAACAGAUGGUAUGGUCCAUAGGAAAAUGGGGUGCCCUGGAUCCAACAGAAGAUGCAGAUAUGGAGUCCUGGAUCUUAUGCUCACAGCCGACUGCAUACUACAAUCUUCUUUUCAUAGUUGGCUUCCAUGAGCCUUCUCACACUGCUGCCACUGAUCUGCUGGUACAAAUCCUCAGUGUCUCUAAGGAAAGCAAUUCAACUUUGCAAGCAACACCCCCUGACUUCAGUGCUAUCAUGCCAACAUCUGAUACUCCAAGUCCAGGAAAAGAUGAAGAGAGAAAUGAGACACCAUAGUUUAUUAAUGUAAUCUUGUAUACAAAAUGUCGUGCAAGGUGACAUAUUCAUUGUGUUUUCUCUCUCUCUGAUAUAAGUUUGUGAGGUUCCAUCAAAUUUGUGAAGGCUUCAUGUAGCAGCAUCUUUGACUGGAUGGGCUUGUAAUCACAAGUGUGAGCUUGUCAUUCCUACAAAAGUUUGCCAUGGCAUUCGUCCAUGGAUAUUUAUACAGCUUCCCUCUCCUGGUUGAGCUGCAGCGUGCUCUUUGGCCAAUAAACUCAGUGACUGCCCAGGCCACAGAGCAGGCCACAAGGGCAAAACAGUGUAAAAAUUUAGUUGUAUUCUAUCUGCAGGAAAUGUACAGUAGGUUCUAUAUCAGGGGUCUCAAACUGGUGGCCCUCCAGCUGUUGCAGGACUACAAAUCUACAUGAGACAUUGCCAGGCUGACAGUUACAAGCAUGACUCCCAUAGGC